CUUUUCCAUAUACUGAGCAGAGCGAUUACUUCUGUGCUGGUGCUCAGAAACUGUUCUGUUGCUCUUCUAUGGUAACUGAAAAGGUAACUUUUUUCCACAAUGAAGAAAGCUGUGCUGUUUGGCUUGUGGGGCUGUGUUGUAACUCCUCACCCUCUCCAGCCUUUACACAAAUUUAAAGCAUGUUCAAACACUAAGAGGGAUUUCAUAUCAAACUCGACUGACAAAGAAGGCAGUGAGAAUGCUCUUGUUCGUGCUGAACGAGGGAUAGUCACCCUUUCUCAGAUGUUUGCAGAGCUGGACUCUGAGUGUGAAAAAGAGGCAGUCAGUGAGAACCUGACAGCCCAAAAGCUCUAUGAUGAGAUAACAAAGGUGGAGAUUAAUAAAAAUAUCCUCAAUACUGCUGCCACACUCCAGAGAAAUGGAAUAAAAACUGGUGUUGUGACCAAUAUCUGGGUUGAUGACUCUCCUCAGAGGGACAGUGUUGCUAAGAUUCUCUCAGUGCUGGAAAGCUGUUUUGAUGUGGUAGUACGCUCUUGCCACACUGGGUCAAGACUUCCUGAACCUGAGAUAUUCCACACUGCCUUGGAUACAUUGAAUGUUAAACCUAACCAGGCUAUCUGGUUGGACAUUUGUGAGGAGAAUGUUCAGGCAGCUGAAAGGUUGGGAAUGACAGCUAUUAAGAUUUCUGAUAUCAGUGCAGCACUGGUGGAAAUAGAGAACUUAACAGGGAUAAAGGUUACCAGUGAACAACGGCCUCUCUGCUGUAAUCCUGAAGAGGUCACCCAUGGAUAUGUCACUAUUAAGCCUGGUCUGAAGAGCCAUUUUGUGGAGAUGGGGGAUGGUCCUCCAGUCCUGCUGUUCCAUGGAUUCCCAGAAAGCUGGUUUUCCUGGAGAUAUCAGAUUCCUGCCAUGGCUAAUGCUGGAUUCAGGGCUAUUGCUAUAGACCUAAAAGGUUUUGGUGACUCGACUGCUCCAGCAGAUAUUGUGGAGUAUUCUCAAGAAAAUAUUUUACAGGAACUGGUGACCUUUCUGGAUAAGAUGGGCCUUACUCAGGUUACUGUGGUGGGUCAUGACUGGGGUGGUGUGUUUGCAUGGAACAUGGCUCUUUAUUACCCAGAGAGAGUGAGGGCUGUGGCUUCCCUCAACACUCCUCUUUUCCCUGUGGAUCCAAACAAACAUCCAAUGCAGACAAUUAAGUCUAUACCAGUCUUUGAAUAUCAGAUCUACUUCCAGGAGCCGGGUGUAGCAGAGGCUGAGCUGGAGAAGAAUCUAGAGAGAACUUUCAAACUGCUGUUCACUGCUAGCGAUGAGACUGAUACACAUCCUCAAGUGGAUUUGACUGGAGUUUGCAAGAGAGGUGGUCUGUUUGUAGGACUGCCAGAAGAAGUUCCCAGAAGUGCUAUUCUGAGUGAGGCAGAGCUGCAGUACUACGUCCAGCAGUACAGGAAAGGUGGCUUCAGGGGGGCUCUGAAUUUGUAUCGGAAUGGAGAGAGGAACUGGCGCUGGAUGUGUUCGAGGCCAAGGGGCAAGAUCCUAAUGCCAGCUUUGAUGGUGACUGCAGGGAAGGACAAGGUGCUUCUGCCCAGUUUUUCCACCGGCAUGGAGAAAAUUAUUCCCAAGUUAUCAAGGGCUCAUAUAGAAAACUGUGGACACUGGACCCAGAUGGAGAGACCUGCUGAGACCAACAAAAUUCUGAUCUCCUGGCUGAAAGAAAUACACCAGGAAAACUCAAUUCCUUUCUUUCCAAAGCUAUAACGUUGUUACAAUAUCAUUGCUUAAGACUGAAAGCUUAGAGGCUAGAUACCUACAACUGGGAAUUGCUUUAAUGUUUUUUAGUAUAUCAUACUUUUUAUUUUUAAAACAUUUAUUUUUUAAAAUCUUUAUACAAGACAAAACAAUAAAUGACUGUAUGUUUGUAAUAACCAGCAUCUUCAACUCCAACCUUUUUGAGGAGAUGCACAUAUCACUUUCCUGAUAAACCCAAAAGUAUUAGUCCCGUUCCAGCUUUACAUCAAAUCCAGCAAUCAGCUCAUUUAAAGCUUUCACUAUUAUCAGGACUGGAAAUGAGACAAUGGCUGUCAUUUCCUUAGGCGUAGCUUUGAUUAGACAGUCAUGGAAACCAGUCUCUAAGAACACAGUGCAGGUCUAUUGUUGAUUAGUGUGACCUGAGCCUGGCCUUUUUAAUCAAGUGAGGAGAAUUAAAAAGGGCCAAAGGUACAGUAGCACUAGUCUCUCUAGUAAAAUAAAAACACAUCAAAGGAAAUGGCUUGGGGUUGAAGAUUUACUUAAUUUUAGAGCAUUCAUGGCUACUUUUAAUAAUGCUACUGACUCAGGAAACAAUGCUGAAUUCAAAUGUAUGUACUUAAUUUGUAUAAUAGGAAAAAUAUGGCCAUUGUAUCAUUUAUGUUUUUGUACUUUGAAUACAUUUCGAUUAAGGAUUAGGUUUGGAUAUGAGAUGAUAGAAUAUGAUGUGUGAAUGAAUGCUGCCCUGCAAUAGUUUGUUGUCCCAUUCGAGAUGAAUGCUCUAUAACUAAAUGUUAAAUACACACCUGUUAAUAAACUGGUCAUUUAUUGUGUGAUUUAGCAAAUACAGAGAUGAUGUUUGAGAAAUUUGAAAUUUGAAAGCAUUACCCCAUGUUGGAUCCAGGGACCUUGACCAGGAGAGGUGGCUACUGAAAAUGAAUGAAUGAAUAAAUAAAUAGAUACGUCCUGUGUUUUCACAACAGCAUACACAUAGUCUGAAAUGUUUUGGACCCAGUAUAACUUGGCUAAGAAAUCUAUGUAAGGACAACCCUACAGCUUCCACACAGAGGUGUCUGAUGCUUAGUUUCUCAUUCUGCUAAGGAUGAAUAAAACAAUAUCAGCAAUA